AGUAGUAGAACCAGUAGCAGCUGCAUGCCCGGAUGGAGUGACUCAGGAAUGUCAACCCGAUGCCUUUUGAGUUGGCCGUUCAGGCAGUUCCGCCGACUGUAUAAAAAGAGACGACCUCGUCGCUUGUCCUCUUCUCUUUUCCUUCGGGCAUCGGCGACAACGUUAACGGACGACGUGUUAGACUUCACCGUGCACCAUGCCAAAGCUUUUUGCUGUCGUGACGUUUCCCGAAGAACAAGAUAAAGUGGCCGUUGUGCCACUCUCAUGGCUAACGGAAGACCGGGCCCAGUGCCACUGGCCACCAAAGAGGAGGGGUGUUCGGGUAGAAGACUUGCUUCGAGACCGGGUGGACCCAACUGCAGCCUGGCAAAAGUACCCAGUUUUUCUUGUGGCUCGUUGCAGCACUCUUGAGAAAGCCGAGCGCCGUGCCACUGGUGCACUGUACGGCCUAGCGGCAGACGCAACGGAGCAAUCAGCUGUGUUGCUACGGAUCCUGCGCGUCCAACUUGGCGUCCGGCAGCAACAAAGAGAGCUUCUGCAGGAAGUGCGACAGCUGAGGCACGAGUUACGGCUCUUGUCCGAGAGUGGAUGUUUUAUCGACUCUUGACCGGAGCUGUACCGUGCCUCAGCACGCCCAGCCAGCACAGCCCCCUGCUGACCUUCCCCGGCUGCCUGCUGGUACAGUUGGAGAAGUGGAGGCAGCAGAGGCAGCUGUGCAGAGUGAAGCUGUGGCUGCAGCUUUGGUGUGUAUUCCUUGGUUUUUAAUAUGCUUAUGUAAUAUGCAGAAAUUUAGUACUGCUUUAAGAUACUGUGUUUUGGGAAACUAACUAGUCAGGUAAUCUCAUGAGCUACUGUACUACAGUCGAAUAUGAAUAAUUCGUACUCAAAGAGGACAGAAAAUUUGUUCAAAUUAAAA